AUGCAGCACCUAUCAGAGUCUGUGUUUGUGGAAAUGUGUCACAUAGUGGGGUUCUCACACAUGGUGAUCAUGAGGAGAGAGAUGGCAGACAUCAUGGACGUGAUAUUGAAUCAAGUGACGACGACUAAAAGAGUAACGAUGAUGACUAGUGGGAGUUAUAGAGAAGGAUUCAGGCUAGAGGGAUCUGAUGUGGACGUAAUGCUCUGGCCAAAUGACCACACAGUAAUAUGGGACUUAGAUAUGGCUCAGAAUUACGACUUAUAUAGAAAUACAUUGAUUCUCUGUGAUUGUUCUGAUAGUCAACCAGGAUUUGCUUUACUUGAAUUACUAACACCAACACACCAGGAAAGUGUUAAAAAUGCAUGUAUGAGAAUAAACAAAAGACUCUAUAUAUCCAGUUCCAAAUAUAGACAGAUCAAAUGUUCAGUUUCUAUUCCAACGUUUAAGGAGCAUGGUCCGUGUGGUAGUGGUGUUAUAAUGGGAGCAGAGUAUGACCAUGCCCAAUGUUUUGUCUCUGACUUUUGGCCCCCUCCUGCCUCCAAAUGGAUAGACCGAUGUCACUCAUGGCCCCCAUCUUAUGUUGUUGAGGACAUAGUCAGAAAUGGAUGCCACUUUGUAGCAAUAGGACACAAACUAGGGAAGCACGCAGACAAAGAAUGGAGAAUUUCUUUCUCGUUGGCAGAUCAAAAACUUAUAUAUUCAAUAAACCAUUGUCAAUUCUUAACGUAUGGGAUGCUUAAAUUAUUUUUAAAAGAAUGCAUAAACAAGGAAUUAAGAGAGGAAGAUAAAUGUCUUUGUUCCUAUCACAUGAAGACAGCAGUUUUCUGGGCAAUUCAACAAAACACAGUGUCUCAUUGGCAUCCACAAAAUAUCCUGGAGUGUUUCUGGAUCUGUUUUAAAAUUAUCCUUAAAUGGGUGUAUGAGGGGGUAUGUCCAAACUUUUUCAUUCCAGAAAACAACAUGUUUCUGAGUAAUAUCCAUGGUGAAGCACAAACGAAUUUAUUCCUUACACUUCAUAAAUUUUUUGAGAAGGGUUUAGUAUCACUGAUUCAAAUUCAAUGUUCCAUGCCCAGUGGCCUUCAAAAUGAACACAUUCUGAUCUCCAAGGUUUUGUUUGAAAUAGAUCUAUUUGAUGAGUUGUAUGGCAGGAGUCUACCAACAAUAGAUCUAAAUAAAUGUAUGAGGUUCUUUAAUGCUGUAGAAAAGUUGAUAUUUUCUCCCCUAAGUCAAUAUCAGAUUCUCAUGUUACAGAAGCUUGCAGUCACUAUACUUCAGAAAACUGCCUAUAUGUUAUACAACUUAACCGUUUUUGCACCAUUCAAGGGAUAUACAAGUUCAAUUGUAAACAAACAGGUGUAUCUGGCUUAUAAAGCAUCCAGUCAUAUGCUGAAAUUAGCAGCAAAGUUUGGAUGUAUUUCUGAUUUAUUAUACAUUGCAAUGUUUAACUACAAGAUCCUUAGAUAUAACGAAGCAUUAUCGGUUAUAGAGAUGGCAAAGGUCAAGUUAGCACAGCCAUACGUAAUGUAUAUCUUAAAUAAAGAUAUAAAUGCAAAGAUGUACAUCCUAAGAGAAACCAUAUGGAGACAAUCCUGGUCUACAAAGAUGAAACAUGCUGUGGCAUAUGAUAUUGAAUUUGAAAAUGCAAUUUUUUACAUCAAUGAAUUGGUGCCAGAACAACAGUCUGGGUCACGUUGUAAGCAAUCUGAAUUAUUAAUCCCACUCUAUGUGUUCAUACACAUGUUAGAGAUCUUGUGUUAUAGGCAUGGAGAUCCAGUGAGCGCAGGAACAGUUCUAAAUGUCCUACAGAACCUGGUCCACAAUGAUCAGGGGGUGAGCACUCAUGCAUAUCACAGAGAUAUAUCCUGGCAGGUUCUAGGGAUCUGUCAACAGGUGACGGGGAACUAUCAAUCUGCUCUGUACUCUUACGAACAAUCUUUUAGACAAGAAACACAGAACUAUAUACAAAUCGCUGCAUUGAUGAGAAUUAUAGACGCACUUGUAAAACUCCGAGAAAUGUUGUUUGAAAUAUUAACCCUUUAG